AUCUACAGCUGUUAAGAAGGUCAGAGUAACUAUUGGCUCGCUAUUCAGUUAGUUUUUGCUAAAUGUUCGUAAUGCAUGUGGCCAUUUGCAAAUGACACGACGAUCAUCUAUCCAGCACUGACCAUAACUGAUUCGAAAAUUUUCCAAAUGCAAUCAAAGCUGUGUUUACGUACCAGAGUUAAUAAAUGAAGAUGAAUUAAUUUUUAUUAAUUCUUGACAUGCUAUUGGAUUCUUGGCUGAGUAAUGAUAUUUUGGGAGGCAUAACCAGGAGGGCUUAUUUUGCGUCAAAAACACAUUAAAGAAUAAAAUAUAUACGUAUAAAAUACGAUUAGUUAACGAUUAUUCAAAAAAAUACACUAAAAAGUUGAUAUCGUUGUUUCGGGCUGCUGGUUUAGCUGAAAUAAGUGUGGAAAUAUCAGUAUCGAUAGGAUUACCUACUAUGAAGACAACUGAAGACAUUGCAUAUGUUAUAUGUUACUUUAAACCUAACAUCACAUUAUACCGGCAAAUGCUGAUAUUAUGUUGGGCGAAGACCAAGAACAUGUUUUUCUACGAAACUGUAUUGAUGACUUCAUUUCUAUCAUGGUUGAUCAAAUACAGUCGGUGGUUGGCGAGAUUUGCAAUUGAAAAAUGUAAUAUUGCUUUAAAUACGUUUGACCAAAAACUGAAUUCGAUUGAUUCGGAAGUCGACGGUCCGAAUAAUAAAUGUGAAGUUAAAUGUGAGGUAUUAUACGACCCGGGAAUCGAAUCGACUUUCAUGGACGUAGUUUUUAUACACGGACUAAAGGGUGACAAACUCAAGACUUGGAACCAAGGUGUGUGGAAACAAGUGGAUCAGAAACCCGAGCCCGUGGUCGUCAGGAACACCGGAUUAUCUACGAUAAAUCAAUUUGAAAGAUUGACUAUCGACGAGGAGAUCAAAGAGUUUACUAAUUGUUGGCCCAGAGAUUGGCUGCCACUGGAUUGUCCAUAUGUCCGAGUUAUAGCGAUUAGUUACAGCACCGACCCUUAUUUGUGGAGACCUAUAUGGUUAAGUAAACCAGAUAGAACAACCAUGAAAGAUAGAGGAUUGGAGAUGAUAUCACUUCUAAAAAAUGUACAUGUCGGACAACAUCCCAUUACAUGGGUUGGUCACUCUAAAGGAGGAUUGUUCAUAAAACAAAUAUUAGUACACGCUAAUGAAAACCAGCAUACCCACAAAAUCAUAACAAAUACCAGAGGAAUAUUAUUUUAUAGUGUUCCCCAUAAUGGAUCUCCUCUAGCCAAUAUAAAACUUCCACUGUUUAAACGAUCAAUUGAAUUACAAGAAUUAGUAAAUGAUUCACAAGAUAUACAAAAACUUCAGAAAACAUUUCAUGAAAUAAUGAAUAUUAACAGUCAAAUACAAGUGAAGAGUUUUAUUGAAACCAAGUUAACACUGAUGAAGCUAAUUUAUUUGAGAAUUGUUUCUAUACAGUCUGCAGAUCCAGGAUUUGGAGAUUUAUAUGGUGUUCCGUUGGAUCAUCGAAAUAUUUGUAAACCAAAAAAUCGAAAUUGUUUUCUUUAUCAAGAGCUGGUUAAUAUGAUACAAUCAUUAAAGCAAUCAACAGUAGAAGAAACAAUGGACAGACUGUUUUAAAUAAUUUAUAUUAUACAUACCAAAUUUAAACAAGAGAUCAUUAUAUGUCAUAAAUACCAA